AUGACGGAACUUAGUGGCGGCAGCACCGCUGCCGUCCCCGAGGCUUCACCGCCUGUGGCGACGGUCGAGACGACGCCGCAACCUCUCGAGUCAGCUCCGACCCCCGACCCAGCUUUCGCACCAGCCUCCAACACUCCGGUUCUCCCCACAACAGAUGCUCCUUCAAACACGGUAGACACAGGAAAAACAGAAGCAUCAGUAGCACCGGCAGCACCAGCACCAUCGGACGUCACCGCCAAUACCCGGGCCGCAUCCAUUGCGCCAUUCGAACCGUCCUCUUCGACACCACCGGUCGCAUCGACAGUACCCGCUCCACCGGCACCGCCUGGUGCGCCUGUUCCUGCCUCUGCACUUGCUACUACUUCUGUACCUGAGCCAGCUCCAGCUCCGUCGUUCAAUGUCAAGACCGAGCCCACCAAUGACAGCCUCGCUGCGGCGUCCACCGUACUAGGCGCGGGCUUGCUGGAGUCUCUUCAGAAUGCAAUUAAGCGGCCACGAGCCGACGAAGGCGACGAUGGCAACCAAGGCAGCGAGGCCAAGAGGGCCAAGGUGGAGGUGCCUCCCGAAGCAGAAGCAGCACCUGUUGCUGUUGCUGCACCAUCCGCUGCACCGCCGGCGAUGGACCUCGAAGCGAUGCUCAAGUCUGCUCUUGGCUCCAUGAACACCACACUGUCACCCACCCCAGCUCCUUCUGCACCAGCAGCUUCCGUCUCCUUCACUCCAGUAGCUCCUACACCCCCACCUCCCCCGAAUCCUGCGGUGCCCGCGACAGUGCCCAUUCCAGCAGCUCCAAAUCCCGCCCUUCCUGUACCUUCCGCUCCAAUCUCUUUAACGACCACGCCGGCUACUUCAACACCAUCGCUUCCUGCUUCCUCUACAGCCAUCAAGUCACCUCCACGACCACCGGCGGCGGCGCCGAUCGUGUCAACAGCAGCCGCUUCGAAGACGCCGGGACUCAGUGCCCCGACAAAAGAUGUGGCAAGCUCAAGGAGGGAUAUCGCGUCUCCUGGUGGGGAGUCCAGGUUUAGCGCAAAUAAUAUGGGCGCACCGUCACGAGAGUCGGCGAAGAUGCGCUUUGCUCAAAACCCCACGUACAUCAGUCGAUCCAUGGGCCUGCCAUUGCUUGGUAGUUAUGCGGUGCAACUGUUGUACGCAUUGAGCGAGAACCCCGGCCUGGACCCAACGCACGAUGGUGAAGCGACAGAAACACGGCGUGUGUAUAAGUUGCUGCGGUCUGCUUUCCGCAACACCAGAAAGCUGUUUUCAGAGACAGCCGCGAUUCUGAGCACCGAGGACUUGGACAUCAAAGAGGCCGGCGACCAGGAGACGAUUCUGAUGGCCAACAUGGCCACGAUCUCCGCGAGCAUCUUUGAAGCUGACGACAUCCCCCUCAUCGAAGCGCACGACUACUUCCUCUCGACGUUCUUGCCCGAAGCCGACGCCCUUAACAAGGACCUGGCCACGCUCUUUCUCAGCCUCAAAUAUCGCACGCUGGCUGCCGAGCUGGUUCGGCUGCCUAACGAGGAGCAGCGGGGCGAGUUUCUCGAGCGCCUGUUCCCCGUUAACCUCGAAGAACAGUUGCAGAACAUGCACGUCGACUCGCCGUUGACUGAGUACGAGAGAGAGUUUAUGAAGGACAUGAUGGUGGCCAAGGAACGACUGCUCGAAUCGGCAAAGACGGAUGAAUCAAGGCAACAACUCCAGGAACAGUACACCCUCGACGGUUUCCGUGACGAGCUGAGCGCCUACCUACGUGCAAACGAAGAUGUCGUUCUUCGCUACGCUGAUUCCCACGGCAUCGAGUUCCCAUCCGACGACGAUGGCAACGGUGACGGGUCCGACAUUGCGGGCGACGAUGUGGAUUCAUCUCUUCUCAAUGGGAAAGACUUCACCGCCAUGGGCGACAGCAUUGCCUCGAUGCUGUCGGCUGCUAUGGCGUCAUCAGAUGGGCUCACGGCAUCACCGUCGGCAACCACGCAACAAUCGACAGCCCCUGCAGCCGCCAGUGGUGCCGGGCCGAUGGUGAUCGACUCCUCCAACGGCAUGAACGCCCAGCCUGCACUUGAGGCAUCACCGAUGGCGGAGGGUGUCAGCCGGCUCAUCCAAGAAGCCGUGCGACGGUCGGCUGCCCGUUCGACAUCCCAAACACCAGCCGCGCCCCCUCUGGCUUCGACGCCGGCGGCCCUGUCUACGAUCCCAUCGGUACGCGCGCACACCGUCGCACCGCCGACAAACGGACCGACGGCUCCUGCGCCCGCCUCGGCCGACGGCGCAAUGGAUCUAACGGGUCUGACGAAGCUCAUCAAGGAGAAGCUGGGCCAAGACGCGCAGAACGCGCAGCCACAGCCUGCUCCCGCGCCGGCACUUGUUCCGACACCGGCCUACAACGCGCAGCAGACCCAGUCUCCUGUUGCCCAAGCCAAUGGUAAGCCAACUUCUUGUCAGAUCUCUUCGUGCGGCAUCCACAACUACAUUCAGAUUCAGGACAUUAUAUCUGACUCUUCUCUUUCUCUAGCCGCCCUAUCGAGUAUGCAAAACACGUUUGCCAACAACCUGGCUAUGUACAACCGCAGUCCGUCCUUCCCGUUCCAGCAGGUCCCGGCGCCGCCAUUGCCACCACCGCAACCGCCGGUGAGCAACCACAACGGCAACGGCAGCAGCGGGUCUCUGCCGCCAAACCAGUCGUCUCCGAGCUCCAUCCUCUACCAGCAGGCCCGCCAGGCUGCUGCAUCCAAGACGCAAGGCCACACACGGCGUGAAGGCUUGCAUAGCACGCGGCGGCCAUGGUCUCCCGACGAGGAACAGGCGCUCAUGGCGGGUCUUGAUAUGGUCAAGGGCCCCCAUUGGUCUCAAAUCCUCCAACUAUUUGGCGCCAACGGUACGAUAUCAGAUAUUCUGAAAGAUCGCAGCCAAGUGCAGCUCAAGGACAAGGCGCGCAACCUCAAGUUGUUCUUCCUCAAGGCCAAUACGGAAAUGCCGUACUACCUGAAGUGUGUGACCGGCGAGCUGAAAACGCGUGCUCCCAGCCAGGCCGCCCGUAAGGAGGCCGAAGAGCGGGCGCGGGCUACGAACAAGGAGGAGCAGGCACGCGUGCAGGGCAUUAUGACUCUUGCGGGCGGCCUACAGGACAACAAGAACCAGGCUCCUGUCGCGUCUGUCCCGUCGCAGACGCCUGCAACGGCGCCUGCCACCGCACCUGUUCCUGCCGCUUCCCACGCUGCAACCCCUGUGAGAGCUGGCAGUGUCGCCCACAAUAGCACAACCAAUGGCAAUCCGGCGGCCAACAGUAGCGCCCGAUCAGCCACUGUUGCACCGAACGGCGCCACAAACAGUCCGGCUCGUGCUGGAGCUCCGCCGGCUAUGCAGAGCAUUGCCCCCAACCCGCAGACGAGCAACCUGCCUCCGCGGCUCGCCAGUGCAACGCAGCUUUCGCCGGCCGUCCAACAGCAGCUGCAACAACUCCAGCAGAGACAGUCCCAGCAGGCACAGCUGACCCCACGGCAGACUGCUGGAACAGCCACUGUUACGGCUGGGGGUGCCGGUGCUGGUAGUGCCGUGCCACAACGCGCUCCGGUGACAGCUGCCGAUGUUGUCAAUGCUGCUGCCCGUGGUGGCUUCCCGGCCACGGCACAGGCUCUCGCCGCGCAACAGACCAACGGUUCCGUUGCUGACCGGCCACCAUUGAAACCCGGCAACAAGCAUCUUUCUUCUUUGUCGACCACAUCCUCCUCGAUUAAAUCUGUUACCGCAGAUCUCACGGCGGGCAUGACGGCGGCAAUCAACAAUGCCAUCAACAACGCGGCGAUAGCAGCGCGGCCGACCUCGACAAUGUUAACUUCUGCACAGCGCCUGGCCGCCGGUCGACAGGUAUCGACUAGUCCUAGCCGUUCUCCUGGCCCCCAGCACGCGCAACAGCAUCGGCCCAUGCAGUCCUCACCCUCGCCGAUUCGCAAUCUGACGCCUCAGUCUCCGGCGGUUGCACAGGCUUCUCGGCCGGUGCAAGCAACAAAGCCCGCCGGCCAGCAAUCUCCUGCACCGGCGCACUCCACACCGUCUCCCAACGCCACUGCGCAGUCGAUUACAUCUCCCUCAACUCCCCAACCGCAAUCUCAUCCUUCUACGGCAGCUCCCACAACGGUACCGGUGACGACAUCGGCCGCACCGGCUACUACGCCAUCGACGGUCACAUCUACAGCGGCAAAGCCACUCACGGCGCCACCAUCAAUGGCACCAACUAUUUCCUCUGGAGUGGCGUCCGUAACGCCUUCUCAAGCGACAUCCAAGGCAACACCUCAGCAACCGGAGGAUCGUCUUUGGAUGCUUCAGCAACAUGUUCACACCGAAGGCCCCAAGGUUACGCCAUCCGCCUCUGCAGUGUCCGCUAACGGUGCUUCCGGUCUUGCCGUCAACAAAACUUCACCAGCCCCGGCUCCUGCUCCCAACGCCGCUGCAUCCGCCCCUGCCGCUACCAACUCGACACCUGUUCCCGCUGUAGCUCCUAAUGCUACUCCCGCCACUGCUGUGAAGGCACCUACACCCAUAUCGCAGCAGAUGUUGCAACAGCAGAAUCUAAAGCAGGAGCAACAGGAAGACGCCUCGGAAGAAUCUGUCUUGCGUCGGCUGCUGGCCUCGCCUCCUAAUUAG